ACCGGAAACGAAGAAUUUCGGGAUUUCGUUUGGAUAUGCAAACGCCAACAGCAUGUUCUGCUCUCUCUUACUCGGCCUAACUGUAACGUUAUGUUUUUGCCAAGCGAAGCAAGUAGAUAUCCAGCGAGGUUGUAAACUCGAGGGUCUGCAUCCACUUUUGAUCGUUACCUAUAAGAAUAUCACGAUAUCCGUAGACAAGAUCACCGUACCACACGGGGAACGCGUGACGAUAAGAUGCAGAGAACUUGGCAAGUACAAACUUGUCGGUGAUUCUUCGUUGCAUUGUCGCGAUGCAAGUUGGAACGGGAAAUUACCCUCUUGCAGCCCGACCACGGCUAUUUCGAAUUACACCGAGGAUGUGCCGCCAACGAUCGUAUUUGGAUUACCGGUUGGUUCAGCUGCCAUCGAACCAUCCGGUACUCUAGCUGUUUUCCCUGGAAGUAUUCUACACCUGGAAUGCCUGUUCGCUAGAAAACUUGGCGAUCCCGAAUGGACUUGGACUUCGACGUUCCGUCUCUACUCGACAGGAUGGGCGAUUGCUGCUCGCGAAAGAGACUGGAAGUAUCGAUUGUCGAUAUUUUACGCGAAAGCGCAAGACUCCGGAGUCUACACGUGCUCUACACCCCGUGGAUUGUCCAAUUCCAUACACGUUCGCGUCGUGGACGUCCAGUGUCCUGUUCUGAACGCACCCGAACCACCGUUGAUCGGCAAGAUCGAAGGUACGCGUAUCGGACACGGAGCAGCGUUCGAAUGUCCCGUCGGGUUUAGACUGGAGGGCGCGGCUGAUAUAACGUGCCGAUACAACGGAAAAUGGUCCACCGAUAUGCCGCGAUGCGAAACGAUCGAAUGCCCACCUAUAGACACGGCUGGCGAUACGUGGUUGCAAUUGAUCGAGUACAACAACACCUUUGGCGAUAGAGCGGUGUUCGCUUGUAUGUGGGGACAUAAAUUGUCGGGAGCGCGGAGCGUAGAGUGCCGAGGAGAUGGUUCCUGGAGCGGAGAUACGCCUAGUUGCGUCGAAAUCACCUGUCCAGUUCCGUCGAUACCGAAAAGUGGACGUAUCGUGGAACGAACCAGUCGCCGUAACUCGGCAAGAAAACGUCCGACUCGUGUCUACAAAGUUGGCGCGCUUGUCAGAUUCGCUUGCUUACCCGGCCACCAAUUGUUGGGCGAGGCCUCUGUAAUAUGUACGGAGAACGGAACGUGGUCUCAUCCGUCGCCGGUUUGCAAAGUGAGAUGCCCGUAUCCGGGUGAUCCACCUCACGGACGAAUCGCGCCUCUUAAAUUUUGGUACAAACCUGGUGACAACAUACAGGUAACUUGUUCCCCGGGAUACGUAACGCCCUUGGAACCCGUAAGGAAACCGACUUGUCGCGAAAAUGGUAUAUGGAGCGCACCACCGCCGCCUUGCAGAUCGUACAAAGAUGUUUGA